AUGGCAUCUAGGAUUAAUCGAAAAAAUGCUGCUAUCGCCUCACCAAAGGAGGUAGUAAACGCAGAAAAGUCAAUUAUUAUAAAGAAUGAACCUGGGGUUGGACAAGUAACAUCUAAACCCACUGCAAAACCAGCGAUAGGCAAACGAAUAGCUAAGAAAAAUCAAACAAAAAGAGUCAACAACAAAACAUCAGUAGCUGUAAAGUUGAAGGCCAAAGCUAAAAAAUAUCCGUUAGCUAAAACAUUGCUUCAAAAUACUAAAACUGUUGAUGGAAGAAAAAGACUUCUCAAAAAUGUCGUAAAAGAAGGCAAACCAAGAAAACGAAAGAUAAAAGAAGAACUCGAUGAUUCACCACCGGUUUUGGAACCAAUUUUUCCCAUAGAAGAAAACGUAGAAACUAAAAAACAACCGAGAACGCGAGCCACCAAAAAGACUGUAGAUCCAAUAGAUGUGAACAGAAUAAAAGUAGAAAAUGAGGACGACCUAAGUUUGUCAAGUGACGUCACAGAUAUUUCAAAUUCCGAAAUACCGACCUUGACAAAACAAGUGAGAAAACCGAGGGUUCUCAAAAAACCUAAGGUGGAGAUUGAAACUCUAGAAGACGUUAUGAACGAUUUAUCUUACCUGAUAAAAACUGAGGAAGUGAAGGAAGAAGGAGAAUCUUUGUCAGAAUCAAGUAAAACGGAAACAAUGUCGAAACCUAAGAAACUCACCAAAAGGCAGAGGAUAGAGCUGCUCAAAAAGAAAAUAAUAAAGAAAGAGAAUAUAGAAAACACAUUAAGUAAACUAGAUUCUGCUGAUGAAAAAGUCAUCGACAUGUUAGACUUGAACGUCAAACGAGUCAAGCAAAAACCUCUGACUAAGAGACGACACAGUAUAGAAAAAUUCCCUGUAGGCACAUCUGAUGAUUCGGAAUGCACUCAGCUACCCUUCCUCGGCAACUUUCCACGCAGCAUCAGUCCAAAAACUAGAAAAAUUGUGAAACCUAGACAAAGCAUAGACGGAGCUAGCAAAAGGUCAAGUCCUUACAGCACUAGAUCCGAAUCUCCUGCAAGAAUCUUGAGGAACGGUAAACAAAGAAAAGCCAAAGGCCAUCUUCUGGAAGGCUUGGAAACGGAGAUCAAAAAAAGGAGGCGGCUAUGCUCGGAUCUUAGUGGUAGCGAAAUGUCAAUGUCAAAACUAUCUGGGUAUGACUCGGAUAGCAGCUUCUCUGAUUUGUCAUCGGUACAUGGUGCUGAGAUCAAUGAACCUGAGUCGUCUAAGACCAAAGAAGAAAGCAUCAGACCUACUGCUAGUUCAGAAACACCAAUCACUGCCAGUAAAGGACCAAUAGACAAUUUUGGAAUUAUCGAUACUAACUUUAAUCUUUGCAGCGACUUGAAUUUAAGCAAUAAAAAAAUGAUUGCUGAAAACCAAACAUUUGAUGACCCCACUUUACCUGACAAAGACACCUUACUGGAUAUCAUGAAGCUAGCUUUCAAUGACGUAAAUCACAAAAAGUCUCCUAAAACUAAUCAAAAGAUUGAUGCAUUGUUAACUUCGAAGUUCUAUGGGAAACCAGCAAGAAGUAAAGCAGCUGACAAACCUGAAACGGUUGUUCAAGAAGAUGUGGCAAAAACGCACGUUGGUAUACCAGAAAUCAGAUCAGAGCUGACCAAUCCUCCUGUUGAUAUUGUUGAGCCAGAAAUAGUACAAAAUGUGCCUGAUACUGCCAUUGUCCAAGAUCCGAAUACCAUAGUCGUAGAUAAAAACAUCACUAGUAAAAUAGAAUCCAAUACUAAUGAUACUGAAACAUCAGAUACUUCACUAUUUGAGGAUUUUACAAAAAAAGAUUCAGUUACAGAGUAUGACUUUAGAAAAUUUGAUGAAUCUGUAAUUGGAGUUGCAAAACUUAUUACAAAAUAUGAUGAACCUAAUAUCACAAAUGUAUCUGGAACAAUUGAAAAUUUAUCUGAAGCUGUCACCAAUGCACCAAUAGCUGUCACCAAUGAACCUAUAGCUAUCACCACUGAUCAUAUAGCUGUAACCACUGAACCUAUAGCUGUCACCACUGAACCUGUAGUUGCCAACAAUAUAUCUGAAGCUGCUGACAAUCAGUUUGAAGCUGUUAUAACUGCACCCGAACCUUCUGUUGUUUUUAAUGACAUACAAGAUAUUCCAAAAAUCGAAAUAGAAUCACAACAAGAGCUAGUUGGCAAUAUUAUUGAAGAUAGCAAAGAAAACAGUAUAGACCUGAACCUCCAAUCAGAAAGUUUUGCAGAAGCUGUUAAACUGGAAGAGGAUAUUAAUUUACAGCCUGAUGUCAAAAACUAUGAAGAUAAACUAGUAGAUGUUAAUGAAAAUAAAGCACAAAAUAAAGAAAUUCUAAUAAAUUCUCAGAUAGACCACUCAAGUAAUAUUAGUAAGGAAGAUAAUUUAAACACUAUUGAUAUGUCUGAAACUGCAACUGAGCAGUUGUUAGUUCCUGAAGCAGUUGACAAUUAUGUAACUGAAGCUGUUCAGGAUUCAAUGAUUGAAACAGUUGAAGAAUCAUUAGUUGAAGAUUUGGUGAAUCAUGCCGAGACUGCUAUAAACCAAGUGAGUGAAGCUUUUAAUAAGACGCAUGAUACAGUGGUGUCUGAUGAAAUUGAUGUAAAAAGUAUAAGCGAUGUAAAUAUGACUGAUAAUUGUUAUACUGUGAUGGACAAUAGUGAGGAAAAUGGUAGUGUAAAUGUUGAGGAAUCUGCUGAGGAACUUGCUGUCAAAGAAAGUAUUCUCCAGGCUUUGGGCCUGCAAAGUUUGAGGGCGGCCGAAGAGGCUAAGCAAAAGACAACAAAAGAGAAACCCGCCAGCUGGAAAAGUGAUAGCUACACUGGGACUCUGAAGACUGUGAUCAAAAUUAAUCGUGAUAAGAAGAAGGGCGGGAAAGGGUCAAUCAAAAUGACGCUGCAGAAGAGCAAGCCGAAAGCUGUCGUCGCCGCCGAAGAGGAACAAAAUAUUGAGGAGGAUCAAAGAACGAAUAAAGACGGAACUUCUUCGAUUCUGAAGCAAGGAAGCCAUUCUUCUGAUACAGCUGGUGCGCACAGAAAGUCACACUAUUCUAACCGAUCUAACCUGGAUGGCAGCAGCGAACACACCUCGGACGGCGAAUCGGCGACACAAGAUGGCGCCAUCAAGGCUCUCGUCAUCCCGGAGAAGGCCAGCUCUUUCAGCAUACAUCCCGGGCGGCUGUGCAAGGACGAAUGUUCGUACUGCUUCGGCAAGUUCGGGUUGUUCGACACGCCUUGUCACAUAGCGCAAAUGAAGAGCGUCGAUAGGCAGAAUAAAAUUUUGGCCACUGAAAAACACCUGACCAGGGACUCCUGUCUGUGCGACGCCUGCUACCGGCACGUGGACAGGAAGUCGAACACGCCCUCGUACACCAACAGGUCGUUCAAGCGGAACUCGCUAGUGGCACCGGGGCCGCGCCAGAACCACUGUCACGUGCUGGGGUGCAACGAGGUAGCGUCGAAUAUACUGAGGAGGAAAUGGAUCAUCAAGAUGCGAAAGAGUAUAUGCCAGGUGAUCAACAUCGACCUGGACAACCCCGGUCUUCACUCGAUCCCGAUCUGCGAGCACCACUACGCCGCCCUCGAGCAUCUGAUGGUGUGCGCGAUGUGCAAGCGCCGCCUGGCCAGGAACCACGUGCACUAUUUGGGGCCCGAGGUGGACGGGCUGAACGCGGCGCUGGAGGCCGAGGGCGUGCCGCUGGCGCUCAACGACAGGCCAGUGGUGUGCAAGCUGUGCAAGUGCUUCGCCGCGGUGGCGCUGAAAGAGAAGGCGGAGCGGCCGGAGAGCAGCGAGAGUUUCUUCAGGGAGUACAAGAAGAGGCUGCUCCACUUUAACCACAUCGUGCCGAUGGACACGGCGGCAGCCGAGGAGCCGAUCACCGUGCCGUGCCGGGCCGACCGCAUGGACGCCGUCAAGAGGAAGAAAAAGCCCUACAAGUCGGACAGCGAGGGGCCCUCAUCGAGGGACAGCCCCGAGAAGGUCGACGAGAGGGAGGCGAGUCGGCCGGCGUCGAGAUCAGAGUCGCCCUCCGACGACUACAACGGCGUGGACUACAACACGCUGAUACCGGCGAUCGCGAUGGACUGCGGCAGCGACACGGAGUCGAGGAGCAGCAAGGAUCCGUUCGUGGGGCUGAAGAAGUUCGGCUCCCAGAUUGAGGCGAUCAAAGACUCCGUCGAAAUCACCAAGAUAUCCAAGCACGCGAAGAGCAAAACCAGCGACACGGCGGUGCAGAAGCUCGGCUCGAAUCCCUCCAUCUCCGUGAGGCAGCUGUUCCCCGGCGAGGAGGACGUGCCUCUGCAUGCGCACGUCGAUUUCGAUAAUGUGAAGGAGACGACGCCCGAGGGGUGGGAGAAGUGCAGCACCACCAUACAGUACGACGCUGAAACGAAAAGGUUGUGGCAAGAGCUGCAGAAGCCAUACGGCAACCAGAGCAGCUUCCUGCGCCACCUCAUCCUGCUGGAGAAGUACUUCAGGAACGGCGAUCUCAUCCUGUCGCCGCGGGCCAGUCACCACGCCAUCAACUACAGCGAGUCGGUGAACAAUCGGCUGCGCGCGUACGACAACAUCCCCUCGGGCGUGGUCAACGUGCAGCCGAUGACGAUGCUGCCGUUCAACAAGAUGCAGAAGAGCAGCAGCGGAAUUAUCACCAGCGCUCAUGUCGGCAACGCCACCACCAUUGCACCUCCCACCGCCCCUUCGCUUCCCACUCAUGUCUCCCCUCCCCUCUGCAAACCCAUCGGCAACCUCGCCAUGUCCGUCACCACCAUCCCGAGCCACGCCUACAAGGGCGGCGCUUCGAUCCCCGGCCCCGCCUUUAAGGGCGGAGCUCCGAAUCCCGGCUCCGCCUACCAACCACCGAAGAGCGGCACGCCCAUCACGAUAUCGCAGCUGAACAGCCCGCCGCUCAUCCCCGCCCUCAGGCCCAAGGGGCCGUCGACCAAAGGGGCGGCUACUGCCCCGCCCCCCGGGCUGAUCUCGCUGCGGCCGGGGACGGCACGGCCGGUCGCGCCUCUGUCGGGGGGCGUGGCCAAGGUGCCGCAGUCGCAGAAGAUCAAGUUUCCGAUUACGAAGAACUGGCGUCCCAAUUUGAUACCGAUCGAUCCGAGCAAGAAGCAGGAGAAGAAGGUUGGGUUGGUUCAGGUGAUCUCCGGCGGGAAACCCUACCACAUCACGCUCGAAGACUACAAGAAAAUGUGCGCCAUCAAGCGCAGCUUCGAGAUGAAGCAGAAAAGGCUGCAGGACGCGCAAAACGCCCAGAACGCCAAACCCAUCCUGGUCACCCACAAUUCGGUCCUCAAGUCCAUAAUACCGCGCAAGGGCCUCAUCAUCUCCAAGACCGCCGCCGUGGUCAAAAACGAAGUGACGUCACCGCCGCCCAUACCUAGCGGCGAGGAGAACAUCCUGGAGAAACUCGACAGACAAGUGGAGAAGCUCGAGUCGAAGCUGAACGAGAAGGCCGGCUCGUCACUGCUGCUGCCCAGGAUUCCGAGAUCUCUGACGGUGAUUCCGCAGACUGUCACUAGGAAGUCGUCUUCGAGGCCUUCGAGUCCUGUGCUGAUGGGCACGCAGAAGAGCAAUGGGAGCAGUUCAUGA